AUGGAGGACUUCGGCAGCUGGAGUAUGCAGUAUGCAGCAGCAGAUCCAUGCCUGCCAAGCCGCGAGGGCGACGACGACGGCCGCCUCCUCGGCGCUUUUCUAGGCGGCGGCUUCGACCUCCGCUCUGACCAUGGCGAUCUCAUCAGCAACCUGCCCUCGUCGCACCCGGUCCAGAACCUCAUGCCCGGCCACGGCAGCGCGAGUCUUUCCGUUUCCGACGGAUUCAUGAGCCUGGACACGGCGGAUAUGCUCGCGAGCGUCACCGGCGCACUGGACGACGGCGGCCUCCUUGACACGUUCGCUUACGGUUCCGACGUCGUGGUCGCCGAGGCCGAGGAGCCCGCGCAGCCCACCGCGUCGAGCAACGCCUUCUCCGGUUACAGCAGCACCACGGGCGGCAAUUAUGGCAACAUCUCCUCCGGCGAGUCCAACACGUGCGGCGGCGGCGGCGGCGGAUGCCAUGACACGGAGGUUGCGUCGCCGACCUGCGCCCUGUCGCGGUCGGCGCUGCCUCAGGCAACGGCCGCGCUCGCCUCGAAGCGGAAGCUGGGCAAGUACCCUGCGAUAGCCGCGACCACAUCAACGGAGGCGCAGAUUGCAGCCCCGCGGCGUGGCGCAAAGCGUGACCCCGCGACGUCGUCGUCGUCGACCAGAAUAAUGUUCGCCGGGCAUGGGCAUGGCGACCACCAGGCGGCAGGAGGGUCCUCGCCGUCGGUUGGCGGCGGGUACGAGCCGGACUCGGAGGCGCUAGCGCAGGUGAAGGAGAUGAUCUACCGCGCGGCGGCGAUGCGGCCGGUGCACCAGCUCGUGUGCGGGGCCGGCUCCGAGCCGGCGCCGUCGUCACAGAGCAAGCCGCGGCGCAAGAACGUGCGGAUCUCGAGCGACCCGCAGACGGUGGCGGCGCGGCUGCGGCGGGAGAGGGUGAGCGAGCGCCUGCGCGUGCUGCAGCGGCUCGUGCCGGGCGGCAGCCGGAUGGACACGGCGUCCAUGCUCGACGAGGCGGCCAGCUACCUCAAGUUCCUCAAGUCGCAGGUCAAGGCACUGGAGAGGGCGAACCCUAGCAAUGGUGGCUACCACGACGGCAGCUUGCUGCCGCAGAGUUACACGGGGAGCCUCGGUGUCAGUGGUGGUGGCACCGGUGUUGCCUUUGGAAGAGAUGGCGCCGGCAUUGGUGGCUACGUAAAAUCUAACAGGAACACGCACUUCUAG